GCGGACCGCGGGGCGUGGCUGAACGCCGCGUGUUUCCGGCGGUAUCGGCGGAGAGCCUACAGACGCGGAGUGAUGUCUUUCGGAAGGGCAGCUAAAUAUCUCUGUGGUUUCGCGGGUGGGGCGGUGGUGUUGGCGGCGGCUGGGACUGCUGCCCUGAACGCCGAGGAGUUACUCGGACGCGCAGGAGACGCCGCGCCAGGCCGACCGUCUUGGAGGUGGAAGGGAAUCCCGGUGCUCCGAGCUGCGCAGCCGGUGCCAGCAUGGGCACCGGCGAGCAGCGGCUGGGACGACAACUGGGACAAGCGUGAUCUAGGGUCACAGAUUACAUCUAAGAAGACAGAGAAUAACAGCGAGGAAACCAGCACAGAGGUUGACAGCGGCAAGCCGAAAGCUACACGUCACAUCUUUCUGAUAAGGCACUCCCAGUACAACCUGAAUGGGAGCGAAGAUAAGGACCGGGUCCUCACUCCGCUAGGCCGGGAGCAGGCAGAGCUGACAGGCCAGAGGCUGGCCACCCUGGGGCUCAAAUACAACAUCCUGAUACACUCCAGCAUGGCCCGUGCUACAGAGACUGCCCACAUCAUCAGCAAGUAUCUCCCAGGGGUAGAGCUGGUGAGCUGUGACCUGCUGAGGGAAGGGGCCCCGAUUGAACCUGUACCUGCGAUCUCCCACUGGAAGCCUGACGCAGCGCAGUAUCAUGAAGACGGGGCACGGAUCGAGGCCGCCUUCCGGCGCUACAUCCACCGGGCGGAUGCCAAGCAGAAGGAGGACAGCUACGAGAUCAUCGUCUGCCAUGCCAACGUCAUCCGCUACUUCGUGUGCAGGGCCCUGCAGUUCCCCCCCGAGGGCUGGUUGCGCAUGGGCCUGAACAACGGCAGCAUCACCUGGCUCACGGUGCGGCCCAACGGGCGGGUGGCACUACGUGCACUGGGGGACUCUGGCUUCAUGCCGCCAGACAAAGUCACGCGCACCUAAGGCCCAAUCGGACCCUUUGUCACCUCACCCGGGGAGGGCGGUGUCUCCACCCAGUUCCCGAUGCCUGCUUGGUCUUUUCUGGCUCUUUACUGAUGAAGGGAUUAAGUCACCACGCAUGGUAUUUCAGUGUCUUACCAGCCGCUAAUGUGUGUACGCAGCACCGGCAGCACAGCGCCCCCUUCUGGCACGUCUCCAAGUGUCUUGGGAAUUUUGUCAUAUCAUUUAACUGCUUGUGCAAGAAAAACUUGUGGUCCUUUCUCUGCAAUUUGUCAUACAGAGGAAACCAAAAAGUGACAUUUGAUUGUAGUCCUUACCUACAGGAGGGGGUGGGGCAGCAGACAAUACAGCGACUAUUUUUGAACCUGUUUGUGGCCGUUUCCUCUGAGUGCCAGUUUUACAGGCCCUUUGUGCUAAACGCUUUUCUAUUUUGUGUGAUGCCAUACAUGUGGACGUUGUGAUUGCACAAUAAAGACUGACGACUCAU